AUGUCUACUAACCCAACACCUAAAAAUGUUUCAUGUCUUAAAAACCUUGCUUUAAAUAUCCUUAAAAACGGCACCCCAGAGGUUAUUACAAAAGGUGUUGAAGUUCCAGAACUAGAUCCAUGCUCAAAGUGUAAAGAAGAGCUUUUUUUGUACGAACUUAAAAAACCAUUUACCGUACUCAUCUGUGGACAUAUAUACCACCGUAGUUGUCUUGAGGAUUAUGUAAAAGAUCUCCCACAAUGCCCUGAAUGUGCAAUGGAAAUUGAAUCUAUUGAUUAUACACGUUAUUCUGGUACUUCUGAAUCUAGUUCACAGGAUCGGGCACAGAAUACCUCAGACCCAAUGCAAAUUUCGCCACAAAUGGCACAAAUGGCAUCUAGUCAAAGCCAGAAUACAAUAACCCCAGAUACAACUCUUAUUUUUAACCCUACCUUAGCAUAUGACCCAACAAUAUAUCCAAAUUAUGUGGAUCUUACCAAAAACAAAGAUGCCUCUCAGAUUGAAUCCAGGAAUUGUUCCAAAACUGGAGAAAUCUGUGGUCGAUGUAGUAAAUUAGAAAGAUGUUAUAAUCAUCGUAAAUCUCCAGUAUAUACUCCUUGUAGAGAUUGUGGUAUGCUAAAUAGGUCUAAAUAUAAUGCAUGCAAUGAUCAU